AUGACCCAGAGUUGCACGCAUGCAUCUUUGAUCAUGGAGCUAGAUGUUGGUGGAUGUUGGCUUGCAUCUGCUUCGCUUCCACAGGUUCUUGAUCUCUCAAAAGAUAACUUCCACGGUCAUCUUCCCAUUGAUUUUAGCCACCUCCCUUGGUUGGAAAAACUUUCCAUAUGGAGAAACCAUUUUAAUGGGUUAAUUCCACAAACAACGAGCCAUUGUCAUCAUCACCAAGUGCUUUUUGCAGCAGAAAACGAAUUCUAUGGAAGCAUUCCAGAGUUCUUAAGCAGUCUGCCAAAACUCAAGUUCCUAAAUCUUUAUGAUAACGGGCUCACGGGCACCAUUCCAGUCACUUUUGCCAACAUCUCCAAGCUGGAGCACCUUAAUAUUGGUCAAAAUCAAAUGCACGGGAACAUUCAUUCGGAGUUGGGAAGCAUUACCCGCUUGCAAGUCUUUUGUGUGGAAAAGAACAUACUCACUGGAUCUAAGGUCAAACAAUUUGUCAUCAACAUUACCGCCUGGUCUUUGGGAGUUGAAGGAUUUGUUGGUGCUAUACUUGCAAGGAACUCUUUCAAAGGUCACCUACCUCUGGGUCUUGGGAAUGUUGCCAUGAUGUUCAACAUGGAUAUCUCUGUAAAUAAGCUGAGUGGAGAGCUGCCUUUAUUAUUAUCAAAGCUCCAAAUGCUAGAGUAUUUGAACCUCUCUCAGAACACAUUUGACGGUUACAUUCCUGAACAACUUGAUCAUAUGAGAGCUAUUGCAUGCAACGAGCAUUUCAGUGAUGCAAACUUUCUUGGAAGUGGAAGCUUUGGCUCAGUGUACAAAGAAAUUCUAGCAGAUGGAAGGACAGUGGCCGUUAAGCCUAGAAGUCUUUCUACAUUCAGGUGCCCAUCAUUUGAAUCUGUUCCAAAGAUUGGAUAUCAUGAUUGA